UAACAAUAAACUGUCAGACAACAUCACCGGUCACCUCGUUAUGCAUUUAAGAAGUUACCUAUUGUAAAACUAAAAUAGUAACGUUAAUUCUGGUGGGUAUUUAUAAUAAAUAAAAAAUUUUUAAUCUUCCCCCAGCGCAAGUCAGAAUCAGAGUGGCGUACAGUAGCUGCUAGUGUUUUAGCUUAGCACAGACUCAUGGAGUGUCCACAUCUUAACUCCAGUGUCUGUGUCACGGUGGAUCCGACCCGGUUCCCAAACGGUUCCCCUUCGUCAUGGUGCUGUACUGUUUGCAGAUCAAACAAAAGCCCGUGGGUUUGUCUGACGUGUUUGAACGUGCAUUGUGGAAGGUAUGUUAAUGGCCACGCGAAAAAGCAUUUCGAGGACAUUCAGACUCCAGGUGGCGGUCAGAGGAAGCCAGAGCGAGAAAAAUGUCAGCAGCACUCCGUGUGCAUGGACUGUAACAGUUAUAGCACAUUCUGUUACAGAUGUGAUGAAUUUGUGGUGAACGACACAAAACUGGGGCACGUGCAGAAGGUCAGAGAGCAUCUUCAGAGUUUGGAAAACUCUGUGUCUAAUACCGAGAGACAAAGGAAGCGAAAACUUCCAGACAGCUCCUCUCCUGACAGCAAGGUGAAGAAAGAUGGAGAAGGCACUCCAGCAUUGUGUGCCACGGGCCUGCGUAACCUGGGCAACACCUGCUUUAUGAACGCCAUUCUCCAGUCUCUAAGUAACAUCCAAGUGUUCAGCUGUUAUUUUAAGGAGCUGCCCUCAGUGGCCUUACGAAGCGGCAAGACGGCAGGGAGGAGAAUGUACCACACCCGAAGUCAGGGGGACAGCAGUGUAUCUCUGGUCGAGGAGUUCAGAAAAACACUCUGUUCACUUUGGCAGGGGAGUCAGACUGCUUUCAGCCCAGACGCUCUCUUUUAUGUUAUCUGGAAAAUAAUGCCAAGUUUCAGGGGAUAUCAGCAGCAGGAUGCUCAUGAAUUCCUGCGUUACCUGCUGGACCAUCUUCACAGAGAGAUGCAGGGAAGCAAGAACGGGUCGCACAGUCAUGCCGUGCCUUCGGACCGAUCCAAACAUCCCACUGAGAGCAACUGCUGCAUAAAUGGGACCUCUACUAUCGUUACAUCUGUGUUUGGUGGUAUCCUACAGAAUGAGGUAAACUGCUUGAUAUGUGGGACAGAGUCUAGAAAAUUCGACCCAUUCCUAGAUCUUUCAUUGGACAUUCCAAGCCAAUUCAGAAUCAAAACCACAAAGGACCAAGAGCCACGGCCAGUAUGCACUUUAAAAGAUUGCCUGCGUAGUUUCACAGACCUGGAGGAACUUGAUGAGACGGAGCUCUACAUGUGUCACAAAUGCAAAAAGAGACAAAAGUCCACAAAGAAGUUCUGGGUCCAGAAACUACCCAAGGUGUUGUGUUUGCAUCUGAAGAGGUUUCACUGGACAGCAUUUCUGAGGAAUAAGAUUGACACCUAUGUAGAGUUUCCAAUGCGAGGCCUUGACAUGAAAAGCUACUUGUUAGAGCCUGAAAAUAGUUUGCCUGAGAGAUGCCUGUACAAUCUUGCUGCUGUAGUGGUGCAUCAUGGAUCUGGCAUCGGGUCCGGUCAUUACACGGCCUACGGUCGGCACGAGGGCCAGUGGUAUCACUUCAACGACGGCACGGUCACUACGGUCAGCGAGGAGGCCGUGCUAAAAGCCAAGGCCUACAUCCUGUUCUACACGGAGCACAACGAUCAAGAAAAGCCAGUCUCAGCGAGUCAGUCCAAGCUUUAAGACUUACUGUACUACCUUCAGAUCAGUACAACACCCCUACUGAUCUCUGAUCAGUUAAUGGACCUUAAAAUGUGUACUGUCUUAUGUAUCCACUCAUGAUUUCUUCAGUACAAACCGAAUUGCUGCUUACGUCUUGUUGACUUUUUUUUAGUAGUCCCGGUUUUUGCUUAAAGGUCUAUUAACAGAAAUGAGAAAUGAUUCCAGCCGACUCAAAUUGACUGAACAAAACGCUUUACAAUUGCAAAUCAGAUAUUUUCUCGCAGAGUGUUUUUCCAUCAGUUGAAAUGAUUACAGCCGUCACAUUUCUGCAUCGGGCACAGCUGUCUUUUGUAUCACCAAUGCUGGCUAUGUAUUUCUGUUAAACUCAAAAUCAUUCUUUUUUUUUAAACGCUUUGCUUGUUUUUGAGUCCACAGUAUUGGUCUGUAUUGAUGUGGGGGUGUUUCCAAAAAACCAAAACUUGAAAUAUUUGAUUUUGCGAUUAAAAUGUGUCGCAUAGCAGGAGUUCAACACAGCUAUCACCUCACUAAUGUGAAAACGAUUUGUCUGAAGGGUCCACUAGCUCAUUUUUUUUAAUGUUUAUUUUAAGCUUGAAAAUGUUGGAGAUGUUCACCUUCCAUCCUUUAAGAAAUAAAGAGAUGCAGGUUGUGCGGAAGUAUCUUUGCAUCACUUUGCAUGUGCUGAAAAUA